CUAAAUGUGGGCCAAUCGUUAGCCAAUCUCUCUCCAUUGUUUCUCUCUUUCAAAGAAAUUGGGAACAGAAGCAGAAACUUUCAAUCAACCGAACCGACUCAGCGAGUUUGAGUCACAGCCAUGGCGUCUAUGGUUCUGAAGCGAAGCUCUUACUCGGGAAUGAGAUCAAUGGUGGGAGCUCUCUCAACCGGACUUAGGUCCUAUGCAUCGCUUUCAGUUGGGACUGACAUAGUCUCGGCCGCACCAGAUGUUUCCCUCCAGAAAGCUCGCAGCUGGGACGAAGGUGUCUCCACCAAGUUCUCAACUACUCCUCUUAAAGAUAUCUUUAAGGACAAGAAAGUUGUCAUCUUUGGGCUCCCUGGUGCAUAUACUGGAGUUUGUUCUCAGCAACAUGUGCCCAGUUACAAGAACAACAUUGACAAGUUUAAGGCUAAAGGAAUUGAUUCUGUAAUUUGUGUAGCUGUGAAUGACCCGUUUGCUUUAAAUGGCUGGGCAGAGAAACUUGAAGCCAAAGAUGCUAUUGAGUUUUAUGGGGAUUUCAAUGGGAAAUUCCACAAGGCCUUGGAAUUAGAUAAAGAUCUCUCUGUUGCAUUGCUUGGGCCUCGCUCUCAAAGAUGGUCGGCAUAUGUGGUUGAUGGGAAGAUUAAGUCUCUUAAUGUAGAGGAAGCACCCUCUGACUUCAAGGUUUCUGGUGGGGAUGUUAUUUUGGGACAAAUCUAGACCUGUUCUUACCUUUUACUUUUGUGCUCUCGAGGAUUUUCAUGUAAUGUAAAAACACAUAUGUCAGAUUCAGGAGCUUCCUCGUUUGUUUUCUUCAAAAAUGAAAAAGAAAGUAAUAACAUAAUGGCCAAUGGGGUCAUUAACCUUGUGAAUGUGAAUUAAGUUGGCUAGUUACUUAUUUUGUAUCAUGCAGAUGCAAUGAAAUUCUUUGGUUUUAUCA